AUGGCGCCACUUCAGGUUCCAGGAGCCUCGUGGACAUCUUGGGGUUUCGGUAGAGUCCAUUUUGGCCAUUUGGGGGCUCAUUUUCACAGACGUACGCAGACAAGUAUAUCUUUCAUCUUACACUUGGCUUUUGUUUUCUCCACGAUGCCGAUGGUACUUGCUCUUCUGGUUGUCAGCCUUGCUGGGAUCCACUAUGCUGCUGGCUUGGCCUCUUCAGGAGACCUCCAGCUGAUGCAGAUGUGGCCGACUCCGACAGCGUCGAAGGAUGAUUUUGGGAGGGAGUUCUUCACGCAUGCAGGUGUGCGUAUAUACCGCCGUGCGCCGAAUGGCCGCCGUACGGUCGAUGGUGAACCUGAGGCCACUGAGAAUAAGACGUCGACGUGGAUGUUCAUGAUUAAGGAAGGUGCUACGGGUGAAAUGCUGCAAAGCGUUGUCCAGGAGCUCCAUCCGACCGCAAUGACGACCAAUCCGGACAUUGGUGAAGUGCCAUUUGUGGAGGGGCACUUGACUGAAGUGGAACUCGCGACGGUGGUGGAGAAGGUCCAGGCGCUCUACCCAGGGCUUGUGGAGGCAGUCGAAGAGGACUUCUUCGAAUCAAGAAUUCCAGAAGACGCUAUCGAUGAGGCAUCCACAGGAGUCUCUGUAGCUUCGACAUACCCAUGGGGCAUCCAAGACAUCAAUGCGGACGUGGUCCGGGGACGGGGCGUGGGGGUGAACGUGUAUGUGCUGGACACCGGAAUUCGCACAACCCACGUCGAGUUCGGGGGUCGGGCCUUCGCAGGAGUAGACGUGGCCGCCACGGGCGUUCUCACAGUGUGCCCGAGCGGUAGCACAACGUGCGCUGCAGACGGUCACGGGCACGGCACGCACUGCGCGGGCACGGCGGGGGCCAGCACGUAUGGCGUCGCAGAUGGCGCGAAGCUCUGGGCAAUGAAGGUCCUCGAUGACAACGGCGACGGCUACAUCUCCUGGUCCAUUGCAGCUGAGCAGUGGGUUUUGUCGAGUGGCCCAAAGCCCGCCGUGGUCAGCAUGAGUCUGUCGGGCCCUGGCAACUGGGUCGCCGAGGAGACCUCAAUCAACGCGCUGGUGGCCGCUGGAGUGACCGUGGUGGUGGCUGCAGGGAACCAGAACAGUGAUGCGUCCGGCUACAAUCCUGGUUGGAUCGAUUCGGCGAUCACGGUGGGAUCUUAUGCGUCGGGAGGGGCCAGGUCCAGUUUCAGCAAUUACGGCUCUAAAGUUGAUGUCUGGGCUCCGGGCUCGAGCAUCAAAUCGACGGGCGUAAGCAGCGACACCGCCACGAACACGUUGUCGGGCACGUCCAUGGCCUGUCCGCACGUCUCCGGGCUCGCGGCCAUCAUGUACGAGCUUUACCCUACGGCGGCAUCCAUGACUUCUGGGCAGAGGGAGGCUCUCCUGAGUGCCGGUCAGCGCACCGACUGGGUCACGGGCACGGGGAUCGACAACAACUUCGUGUGGUUGGCACCGACUUCUGCCCCGACGCCCAGCCCGACGCCACCAGACGGGGCUGCUGCCGUUGGUGAUCCCCAUCUGCAGAAUAUUCAUGGUUUUUUCCGUCCCCGAUGA